AUGCCUUACUAUAUACAAAGGCUCUAUAAUACCUGUAAGGCAUCAUUCUCACCUAAUGGCCCGGCAUCAGAAGAAGCACUUGAAAAAGUUCGCAAUAUGUUAGAGAAAAUGAAACCCUCUGAUGUAGGUCUUGAGCAAGAGGCACAAUUAGUACGCAAUUGGUCAGGACCUUUGCAAGAGCGUAAUGGGUUGCGUCCUACAUUGCCACCAAUCAAGUACCUCCACUUGCAUGAGUGUGACAGCUUCUCUAUUGGAAUCUUCUGCAUGCCACCGACUUCAAUCAUACCUCUUCACAAUCAUCCUGGAAUGACAGUGUUAAGCAAGCUUAUAUAUGGAACGAUGCAUGUGAAGUCGUAUGAUUGGCUUGAUUCAUCUGAGCCAGCUGACACGGCGCAAGCAAGGCCUGCCAAGCUUGUUAGAGACGAUGAGAUGAGUGCACCGUGUAAUUCAACAGUUCUUUAUCCUACCACGGGAGGCAACAUCCAUUGUUUCAGGGCUGUAACGCCAUGUGCCAUCUUCGAUGUUCUAUCUCCGCCUUACUCUUCAGAUCAUGGAAGGCACUGCACUUAUUUUCGGACGUCGCCAGUAAGGGAUCUACCUGGUGAAGUUGAAUUGGAUGGAGUGACAGUUUCAGACGUUACAUGGCUGGAAGAGUUCCAACCACCUGAUAACUUUGUGAUAAGGAGAGGUCUAUACAAAGGUCCGGUAAUUAGAACUUAA